UCCCAAAUUCACCCAGAUGGAGAAUAAGACGUUUAUAAUCCUGAGAUCAAUGAGAUUCCCUCACACAGACAGAUCAAUAAUCCUCCUGUCAAUCAAUACCCGGGCCAGUCUAUCAUCUCGGAGGUGCAAUCCUCCCAAUCAUGGGAUUCAGGUGUUCCAAUCCCCUCCCAAUCAUGGAUUCAGGUGUUCCAAUCCCCUCCCAAUCAUGUGAUUCAGGUGUUUCCAAUCUCCCCUCCCAAUCAUGGGAUUCAGGUGUUCCAAUCCCCUCCCAAUCAUGGAUUCAGGUGUUCCAAUCCCUUCCAUAUCAUGUGAUUCCGGUGUUCCAAUCCCCUCCAUGGACACAGGUGUAUACAAUCAAGCCCUAGGCAUGCAGACGGCUUCUACAAACAUUGGUGAAAGAAUGGGUCGCUCUCAGGAGCUCA